CAAGGCACACUUUAUCCUGCCAGUCUGUCCCACUCUCUGAGCACUCACAGGAAACAACUCCCCCAGCCCUCUUACACACACACACACAUACUCAUUCACUCAGUUUACUCAGAGCGCUCUCUUUCUCUCACACACUCCUACAGGGAAACACACUAACCAGCCACGCUCUCAAAGGACAGGAGGAUGGCUGCAUCCAUGAGAACCAUGAACGGGUCCCGGACUGCGAUGGCUUUAGCCCUGAUACUUUGUGCUCUUUUCCUACAUGCUGAAGGACAGAGCACCGUUGACACAACGGUUGCACCUGCCACCAGUCCCCCAGCCACCACAGCAGAUCCAGAUCUAACAUCAGCUGUAUCAACCAAAAGUUCUGUUACACACGCUGGUUUAGCAUCUGAAGUCCCCACCGGAACCAGAUCAGGUCUUGAUACCACCCUGGUACACCAACAAACUGGGUCCGUAACCGCUGACGUCCCAGUUGGUGACACCGCUGGAACCAGCACUCCUGGAUUACACCUGGAUGAUAGUUUCACGAAUAUUUACAUUAAAAUAUUUAGAAACGCAGAAGCCUCUGUAACCACUGCUGGACCUGUAGCAACGCAAAACUCUGAGGCCACCAAUACGAUGGCCCCUGUAUCUCUUGCGAAUCCUACCGUUGAGUGUGUGGACAAUGAGAAGAUAAAGAACAAGGAUGCAGUCAAGGUGCAGCUUGCAUCAGGCUCCACCUGUUCGCACACCAAGAGUCUCUUUGAGGAGCUAGCCUGGUGUCCCGGGGACUGCAACCUUCAGAUUUUCCAAGAGGAUAACUCUAACACAAUGGUUCUGACACGCGCUGAUGGUCCUGUCAAAGAUUUGGUCGAGAGCUUGAACUCAGAAAACAUCAAGAGCCAGCUGGGUGUGGUGGAGGCUGCUCCUCAGCGGGGUGAAAACCCACCUACUGUGCUGAUAUCCCUGUUAAUCACUGGCCUGCUGUUGGCAGCUGCCCUUAUUGGAGGCUACUGUCUGAAGAAUCACUGUGGACACAAUGCCAAGGGCAUGAGACUGGCUGAGGAGGCGUACCCAGUAGAUGAGGAGAACCAGGGAAACACACUGGUGUCUGUGGCUCCUCUCAACCCCCCUGAGACCCUAGAGAAGCCUGCCAACGGGGACUCCCAAGAGGCAGCCAAGACCCAGCCCCCUCCCACCAACGGCCACUCCACCCCCAAGACGGCUGAUACUGAGCUGUGAAGACCCCCGCAGACCCCAUGGAAAGAAUGAAGGACCCCUCCAAAACCCUACCCUUGCCCCCAGAACACGACCAGAACCCCCGAAGACCCAAUCCUACCGUGGGCAUCAAGGACAAGAACGCCACCCCUUCUAACCCCACGUAACCCUCCCCCUUUUUAACAACCUGAAUGGGGAGGCAACCCGGUGCCAAUCCUUAUGUAAAGUCAGAUGGGAUUAUGAAGACGGCAAUGAAAAUGAUAACGGUUUCGACAAUGACAGAAUGAUAAUGAUCUUAAUGAUGAUGUGAGUGCUAAUGGUGAUAAUGCAGAGGGCCACAUCCCUGUGCCUGGGAUGCUGAUGUCAUGCAGAGCUGGAUGUUGGGCUGGGGUUGGGACUGGGUGGGGUGGGAGGUUUUACGUCGUUAAUCACCACUGGCUCCAAGACUGCAACUGGGGUCACAUCCGCCGUGUGCUCAAUGUCCACGCCCAGGAGGGGUCCUGUACUGCACGUCAUCAGGUUGCAAACCUCCUCCCUGAAAAAAUGUAAGCACAACAUCACUAACAUUCAGAUUAGUCCUUGGUUGAUCGUAAAAUAGAGAAAAGAAAAUAACACAUCCUUGAAUCUGAUUACAAACUUUCUCAGAGUAGAAUUAAUGAGAGCUCUGAGCCUGUUUGGUUAUCUGUCUCGGUGUAAUGGUUUUUAAGUAUGUGUGUGAGUCUGUGUCAGUGAAUGGUUCUGUAACUGUACUUGAGUGUGUGUGGGUUAGCUUUUAAAAAAAACUGACAUUUUUGUUACAUGUGUUGACAAGGUGAUGGCUUGGGGAGUUUGGUCCCAAGUGUUGGAAGAGAGGGGUCCUUUUUUGGUGCUUAAUCUCACUGUGUCAAUCUGUAGGAGAGUAAGCAGGAAGGAAUUCUCCCCUUCAUUACUGCAAGAAGAAGUGCAAGCUGAACCCAGGUCAGCCAAUGGCCAGAAAAAGGUUUUAAGAAGUAAAUGCACAGUGUCACCAUGCUGACUGCUGAAAACCAUACCAGACUGCAUUGCUUAAAGUAUGUGAAACAGUGUGGUGUAUAUAUAGAGAGGUCUGAUGCGCCAAUCCUUUUAAAUCAGUAUUAAGCUCCUUUUAAUGCCUUUGUAAUGGUAUAGAAUUAGACCAUUAAUACAGUAUUCUAUGGAACAAUUCUGUAUAGUAUAAUAUUUCUGUUUUGUCUUUUUCUUCUUGAGUAUUCACACAUGCUUAUUGUAAGCUGAAGAAAUCCCCUUUGCCAUUUUACAGAGAUACUGGAGGACUGAUCAUUUGCAGAAACAAGUUGUUGUUUCUUUUUGUUACAUUUUCAUUUCAGGUUUUGAAUUUAGAGUCCAAGAUAUUGUUUAGGUCUCUGUUAGUGUUUCGGAUACACUAGAUGCAUUCUGUUUGAAGAUAGGCCUCCUCAGUUUAUGAAGACCUGUAUUUUUGCCAACACAACCUAAUCUAUUGUUUAAAAAAAAGCAUAUAUUGUUCUCAUUAGCUUAUUUUUGCCUCAUUGUGUAUGAUGUCAUAUUCCUGAGUGAACCUUGUAAAUCAGGAACAAGAGGUGCCUUUACACUUCCAAUUAUACAGAACAUUACAUCAAUGGGGUUAUAUGUGAAGACAUUCUGACAUCAGUGCCUUCUGAAAGCUUAUGGUUUUAAGAAACAUUUCGGUGCAAAAGUGGUUAUCUUACUUUCAUUUCUACUUUUCAUUAAUUGCCUGUCUAACAUUCCACAAUGACUCUUUUAAUUCUACUAGCAAUAUAAAGUUCAAAGACAGGAAUCUGUUUCAGAAAAUAAAAAUACUUUUUUGUAUAAAUGUU